CAUAUAUGUUGACUGCAUCCGGGGUCUGCAGUCAAUUGCUUCCGUCGUACCCUGUUUCAUAAAUUCAGGGCACAGUAAAGUCGAGAUGCUGUCCCUGUCCCGAGCCGUGGUGAGUGGGGUGUCCCGCGCACCCGCUGCCAUUAGUCAGGGUGGAGUGACUGUGAUCACUCGAUUUAAUUCCACGGCGCAGACCGCACCUAAGAAGACUACAUUUGGUCCCCUGGCAGACCAGGACAGAAUUUUUACAAAUCUGUAUGGUCGUCACGACUGGAGGCUGAAGGGGGCCCAGAAGCGUGGAGACUGGUAUAAGACCAAGGAGAUCCUGCUCAAGGGGGUGGACUGGAUCCUCAAUGAGGUCAAGGGGUCUGGGCUGCGGGGGCGAGGUGGAGCUGGGUUCCCAACCGGCAUGAAGUGGAGCUUCAUGAAUAAGCCUAGCGAUGGAAGGCCCAAGUAUCUGGUGGUCAACGCUGACGAGGGGGAACCGGGCACCUGCAAGGACAGGGAGAUCAUGCGCCACGACCCCCACAAGCUGGUGGAGGGCUGCCUGGUGGCAGGCCGCGCCAUGGGGGCGCGCGCCGCCUACAUCUACAUCAGGGGAGAGUUCUACAACGAGUCGUCCAACCUGCAGGUGGCCAUCAACGAGGCUUACGCGGCGGGCUUCAUCGGGAGGAACGCGUGCGGCUCCGGCUACGACUUUGACGUGUUUGUGAUGCGUGGCGCCGGAGCGUACAUCUGUGGAGAGGAGACGGCGCUCAUAGAGUCCCUGGAGGGCAAGCAGGGGAAGCCCAGACUGAAGCCCCCGUUCCCCGCUGAUGUCGGUGUUUUUGGUUGCCCGACUACCGUUGCCAAUGUGGAGACCGUCGCCGUGGCGCCUACGAUCUGCCGACGCGGGGGCUCGUGGUUCCUGGGCUUCGGCCGGGAGAGGAACUCGGGCACCAAGCUCUUCAACAUCUCCGGCCACGUCAACACCCCCUGCACGGUGGAAGAGGAGAUGUCCAUCCCUCUCAAAGAACUCAUCGAGCGACACGCAGGUGGCGUGCGCGGCGGCUGGGACAACCUGCUGGCCGUGAUCCCCGGCGGCUCGUCCACGCCCCUCAUCCCCAAGAGUGUGUGCGAGGACGUCCUCAUGGACUUUGACGGCCUCCUCCAGGCUCAGACGGGCCUGGGCACCGCCGCCAUUAUUGUCAUGGAUAAGUCUACGGACAUCAUCAGAGCCAUUGCCCGCCUGAUAGAGUUCUAUAAGCAUGAGAGCUGUGGUCAGUGCACACCAUGCAGAGAGGGAGUGGACUGGAUGAACGACAUGAUGUGGCGCUUUGUGCGUGGCGAUGCCAAGGCAGCAGAGAUAGACAUGAUUUGGGAGAUCAGCAAGCAGAUUGAAGGGCACACCAUCUGUGCACUGGGAGAUGGUGCAGCCUGGCCCGUACAGGGACUCAUCAGGCACUUCAGGCCUGUGAUGGAGACCCGCAUUGCAGAGUUCCAGCAGGCCAAGCAGGCUUCUGCUUAAGGACCCCCCCUCCGUCUUUCCUUGACCUACUGUUAUCCAAUCCUCCCAGAUGCAUUUCCUUUGCAUUGACACAUUAUUUAAAUUUUAAAACAAUGGGGUGUUUGUCACUUCAUGACUUUCCUGCCUUCAUAUGUUUGCCUUUUUUGAAUUUGCCAAUAAAGUUCUAUGAACCAUAACCCAACGGUGACAUUUUAGUGUAUAUAUGAUUGUGUGAUUACACAUUAAAUUGGAAAUUCAACAUGC